AUGUCCGACCAUGUAACUCCUAUAUCAAGCCCCCCAACCGCCCCGUCCUCUCCUGACUCCAUUGUCGCUGCCGUGCGGUGUCGUCUGUCCAGCUGGUGGAACGAGUUCUACAAUACCACAUUGACCUCGUACUCCCAGCUCCCGCAACAGCCAGACCAUAUCCACGAGAACGAGUCGGAUCUCGACCACGCCUCGCCCCAAUUGCAGCUCCAAGACGACGAAUAUCAAGCGAUGGAAGCCUUACGGCUCACCAAGGCCCGAUGGCGCACCUACUGGCUGGCUACUGUGCUAUGCUGCGGUGGAGCGCUGUUUGGAUACGACUCGGGUGUCAUUGGUAUGGGAUAUCUCCUUUGGUUGCUGCCCAUUGUGUCAUUGGGUCACCAGCUAACGUUCUCAGGGGGCGUCCUCACCUUCUCAUCCUUUCAGAACUCCUUUAAUAUCACUUCCGCUCAGGAGACACGGGUCAGCGCCAUUGCCGUUGGAAUCCAACAAGCAGGUGCUUUAGCGGGAUGUUUCUUUAUUUGGCCUAUAACCAAUCGGUACGGACGCAAGAUAGCAAUGAUGGCCUGCUCCAUCGUCUUUUGCAUCGGUGUCGUUCUGGAAGUAAUCGAUACACACUCGCUACCAGCCUUCUAUGUCGGCCGUGUCAUCUGCGGGCUCGGGGUUGGUGGUUCAGCGACCGUUAUUCCGAUCUACAUGUCCGAGAUGAGCCCCAAGGAGAUUCGUGGUCAACUCGGUUCCUGCUACCAGCUCACCUACACUAUUGGCAUUUUGGUUUCGUACUGGAUUGACUAUGCUGUCAAGGCGAUGCCGAGCACUGCAAGACAGUGGCAGUUGCCUAUCGGUCUGCAACUUGUUCCCGGUGUGCUGAUGGGACUGGGCAUGUUCUCAUUGGAUGAGAGUGUGCGCUGGCUCCUGGCACACGGGAAAACGGCCGAGGCAUGGCGCAGUCUUGUUUGGAUCCGGGCAGGCGAUGGCCUUGCUGUCAAUGAAGAAUUCGGCGAGAUGUGUCGUGGUCUGGAAGAAGAGCGCCAUGCCACGGCUGGGUUCCGUCUGCGCGAGCUCUUGGAGGGCCCGAAUCUGCAUCGUCUGUUUAUUGGUGGUGGUCUCUUCCUGGCGCAGCAGUCGACGGGUUCGACUGCGUUAGCCUACUUCGGCCCGCAGUUCUUCUCCUUGCUCGUUGGACCGGGCGAUAAGAAUCUCCUGUUGACCGGCGUCUUCGGUGCGAUCAAGGUCGUCGCUUGUUUGAUUUUUGUCAUUUUCAUGUCCGAUCGCUUUGGACGGCGCCCUGUGCUGACUGUCGGUGCGGCAUUCAUGGCCAUUUGCAUGCUCGCAACUGCCGGUGUUGUCAAGAACUAUCCACCGGAAAACGGAGUCGUUUCUUCCGCAGGUAUCGCCACCGUGGCCCUGAUUUACCUCGACAUCAUCGCGUACAAUUUCAGUUGGGGUCCACUCCCCUGGCCAUGCGCAAGUGAGAUCUUCCCGUCGCGUAUCCGCGAGCCAGGCGUGGCAUUCGGUGUCGGCUCGCAGUGGCUCUUCAACUUUGUGUGGAGCUUCUCCACACCGUAUAUCAUGUCCGGAAUUGGAUGGGGCACCUUCCUCCUGUUCGGAGUGCUUGAUGUUGUCAUUGUGGCGUUCACCUACUUCUGCCUCAAGGAAACGGCCGGGAAGACGCUCGAGGAGAUCAACGAGAUGUUUGACGGGGUGGACCCGGAUGCUGAGCAUGGCUGGAAAGGCGAUACCUUCAAUGAGGUGGAAAUCCCGAACGGGGACGAGAAUCGACAGUACUUGGACCGUACAGAGACGUAUGAUACGGCCAAAACUGAUCUGUCGAAACAGCGCCCUACGCAUGUCGAGUCAACCGCGGGCCGGGCUUGA